AUGGACCCAGCGGGAGAGCGCCUCACGCUGCUGGAGUUUUUGGAGAACAUGCGCUGGGCCGAGGAGGGGGAGUAUGGGGACCCCUUUUUGGGAACACGCCUGGCUCUGGGUGGUUCCAGGAGCCUGCAGGCCCAGGGGAGACGACGGCGUCGGCCUCGGCCCCAGCUUGUUCCUGCUUUCCGGGAAUCGGCCGAGAACAUGCGCUGGGCCGAGGAGGAGGAGUAUUGGGACCCCUUUUUGGGAACAUGCCUGGGUCUGGAGCGCCUGAUCGGCCUGCCGGACAACAUGCUGAAGAAUAAGUCCUGUCCCCAGGUGGUGCCAUCGUUGGAAGGGUUAUUCAUCGAGGACAUAGCUGUGGGUUGUGAGCAUGUUCUCGCUCUGUCCUCUACUGCAGAUGUUUACACCUGGGGCUGCAACAGUGAGGGACAGCUUGGCCUUGGGCACUCUAAUCUAGUGAAGGAGCCAGCGCUCAUAACAGCCCUCCAGGUUAAAAAUGUUAAACAGAUCUCUGCUGGCCGCUGCCACAGUUCAGCCUGGACAACCCCCUGCACCUUGAGGAAAAACGCAGGUGGCUCCGGACCUUUCCAGCUAGGUAUUCCCCAGUCAGUUCCUCCCCAGUACAACACUCUGAAAGACUUCAGUCCCGAUGUCUUCAGCAUGCGCCUCAGGGUGCUCUAUCACUUCUCUGAUCUCAUGUACAAAUCCUGGAGGCUUCUCAAUCUGGACACAAAAAAUCCGGUACCUUUAGUUAGAUCUAAACACUUAAAUACAAAUAAGUGCUUCCAUCUGCUGAUUGUUAGUCAGUUUAAACAAACUGCCUCUUGUGCGCUCAAUUGGCAGGACAAUGACCCAGGGAAAAACAUAUGGGCCACAGAUCAUCGUAAAACGGAUAUCCACUGGGUAGGGAUGACCAUGAUGUUUGUCCGUUUAUAG